GCCCCGGAUCCUGCACAAGUGCACACACAGGCAGGCAGUACACGGCGCAGCAGCGACCCACAUGGUCUACACUCUCGAUUCGCUGCUUCCUCUACACGUGAGCGACGGAGCCGGAACUUCGCAAGUCCCGGAAACACGGCGCUGUCAGUCAGUGUCCGUGGGUAGAGACUAGAGAGCCGGAGAGGGGAAGCGACGUGUAGACAGCAGCAGCAGGAAGUGAGACGGCCGGUAGUCACUGUGACAGCGCUGCUGAUGCCACUGGCAGGGACUCCAGCCCGGAUAUACCUACAGAAUGGGGUCUCUGUUCCGCAGCGAGACGAUGUGCUUGGCACAACUCUUCCUCCAGGCAGGCUCUGCUUAUGACUGUGUCAGCGAGCUGGGGGAGAUGGGUCUGGCUGAGUUCAGAGAUCUCAACCCUCAUGUAAGUGAGUUCCAGAGAAAAUUUGUUGGUGAAGUAAAGAAGUGUGAUGACCUGGAACAAAUAUUACGAUAUCUAGUCCAACAAAUCCUCAAAGCUGACAUUCCUGUCCCAGAGGGAAGUGUGUUGCCAGCAGCCCCACUCCCGAAACAUGUGAUGGAGAUUCAGGAAAAGUUACAGAAGCUUAACUCAGAGCUGAGGGAAGUAAAUAGGAACAAAGAGAAGUUGCAGAGAAACUUUCUGGAGUUGACAGAGUAUAAACAUAUGUUGCGGGUGACAAAGUCUUUCGUUCAAAGAUCUGAGCAUGAAACGUCGCCCCUAACCAGUUAUGAGGAAUUCCCCACUUUAGAAAAGGACAACUUAAUGGACUGUUCCUCUAUGCAGAGACUUGGAGCAAAACUAGGAUUUAUUUCCGGCUUAGUUCACUGUUCAAAACUACAAUCCUUUGAGAAAAUGCUGUGGAGGGUAUGCAAAGGCUACACCAUCCUCACAUACCGGGAGCUAGAUGAGUUACUGAAAGACCCCACCACUGAAGAACCAACUAAGUGGUUUGUGUUUUUAGUUUCUUAUUGGGGAGACCAAAUUGGACAAAAAGUCAAAAACAUCUGUGAAUGUUAUCAUUGCCAUGUGUAUCCUUACCCAAAUUCUUCUGAGGAACGGGAAGACAUUAUAUCAGCCCUGAACAUACGAAUUCAAGACUUGCACUCGGUGAUGUCUCAGACUGAUGAUUAUCUGAGACAAGUUCUUUUCAAGGCAUCAGAGUCCAUCUACAAGUGGGUUAUUCAGGUUAAGAAGAUGAAAGCUAUUUACCAUGUCCUGAAUUUGUGCAGUUUUGAUGUCACAAACAAGUGCCUGAUUGCAGAGGUUUGGUGUCCUGUGGCUGAUCUCCAGAAGCUGAGGCGAGCGCUUGAAGAAGGCUCGAGAAAAAGUGGUGCUACUGUAGCUUCCUUCAUAAAUCGCAUUCCUAGCAAUGAAACCCCUCCAACAUUAAUCCGUACCAACAAAUUCACUGCUGGUUUUCAGAACAUUGUGGACUCAUAUGGAGUGGGGGACUACAGAGAAAUAAAUCCAGCUCCUUACACCAUCAUCACAUUUCCUUUCCUAUUUGCUGUCAUGUUUGGAGAUUUUGGACAUGGUCUUCUGAUGUCUCUGUUUGCUCUCUUCCUGGUUCUCUAUGAAAACAGUCCAAAACUACAACGCACUCAAGAUGAAAUUUUGAAGACCUUUUUUGAGGGGCGCUACAUUAUCCUUCUAAUGGGGCUCUUUUCUGUCUAUACUGGGCUUAUUUACAAUGACUGCUUUUCUAAGUCGGUUAAUAUAUUUGGUUCUAGUUGGAGUGUGUCCGCAAUGACUAAAUCUGAAGCUUGGAAAAAUACUUCACAUCAGUCCUUGACACUGGAUCCCAAUGUAGCAGGAGUUGUAAAUGGAGUUUAUCCUUUUGGCAUAGACCCAAUAUGGAAUUUGGCCACAAACCGCCUCACUUUCCUGAAUUCUUUUAAGAUGAAGAUGUCCAUUAUUCUAGGAGUGGUACAUAUGACAUUUGGAGUUGUUCUGAGUGCUGUAAACUUCAUGCACUUUAAGAAAAAGUUCUGUGUGUUCCUGGUCUUCAUCCCCGAGAUCCUGUUUAUGAUGUGUAUCUUUGGUUACCUUGUGUUCAUGAUUGUGUAUAAGUGGCUGAUGUGGUCUUCAGUGCAAUCCAGGGAGGCACCUAGUAUUCUUCUUCACUUCAUAAACAUGUUUAUGUUUACUGGUGGUGAUGGCAAAAUAACUAACCUUCCUCUCUACCCGGGGCAGAUUGGUUUCCAAAUAUUCCUGGUGGUUGUCGUGUUCCUCUGUGUUCCUGUGCUGAUGUUUGGGAAACCUCUGUAUCUUUACUGGCAGCACCAUGGAGGUCAGACGUUUGGCAAUUACAGGAAAGGAUAUUCCUUAGUGCGUCACGGAAGUGAGGAAGAGCUGUCAUUGAUCAGGUCACAUGAUUUGGAAGAAGGUGAGAACCAUACAAGCCAUGAGGCCCAAAGAGAAAGAGACCGUGAGAAGUUUGAUGUGGCAGAAGUAUUUAUGAAUCAGGCCAUCCACACCAUUGAAUACUGCCUUGGUUGCAUAUCUAACACUGCUUCUUACCUGCGUCUCUGGGCUUUAAGCUUGGCUCAUGCCCAGCUAUCCGAGGUCCUAUGGACAAUGGUAUUAAGAAAGGGUCUGCAUGUGCUGCCCCCCAGCGUUGGGGUGUUUCUGCUGGUACCUGCCAUGGCUGCUUUUUCUGUGCUGACUAUUUUUAUUCUUCUUGUCAUGGAGGGCCUGUCUGCAUUCCUGCAUGCACUCCGGUUACAUUGGGUGGAGUUUCAGAAUAAGUUUUAUUCUGGUGCCGGAUACAGAUUUACACCUUUCUCCUUUAAGCACAUGUCUUUGCAUCUGGACAGAGAAGAUUUUCUGUAGGUGGCUUCUGAUUUAUCCUACAGAGGCAUGGAUAAGAACUCUUCACUUGAUAAACAUAGUUUACACCAGGUUUUUCAACUUUAUGGUAUCACGCCGCUUCAUAAUAACUGCAACUGUUGUAAUUCCCUUCCAUCUAUUACAUUUUAAAAAUACUGAAAGUCAUUUUAAGUUUAAUCCACUAGAAUGGAAUAAAACUUUUACAACUCAAAUUGAAUUAACAAUUGGAUCUGCCUAAUGGGCCCUACACACUGGGCGAUAUUACUGAAAGAUAUGAACAAUCUAAUUUAUUAAUGAACGUGAUACCGUUCAUAUCUUUCAGUGUGGAGGCACCCCCAGGAGCCGGGUGACUGAGGGGGGGGGGGGUAGUGAAGAAACUUCACUCCUCCCGUCACCUCCUCCCACGUAUCGGCGGUCGCGCAGUGUGUAGGGCCCUUUAGGCUGAGUACACACUAUGCAAUAAAUUGUUCGUACAGCUAACAAAUGAUAUAUCACUAAUGCACCGGCGUUUGUUUACAGCCAUUAAGUCUUUGAACAACAUAAUUCACAGACAUAUUGGUUGGCUGUGCAGCACGGCAGAUGAUGCUAUGGGGAACAUUUAUUAAUCAGUGAUAAGAGUGGAGAAGUGGCCCCAUCAACCAAUCAGCAGCUCUGUAUCAUUCCAUAGUAUGCAAAUUAUAGAUGUUAUUUCAGUGCUAAUUGGUUGCCAUGGGCAACUUCUCCACUGGCUCACUUCUCUGCUCUUAUCACUGCUUAGUAAAUGUCCCCCUAUAUCUUGUAGAUAUAACUGUACAUCUGCCUGUGUGUGCGGGCGGCCGACCCACCUUUUAUGCUGGCCGCAGAAAUUGCCAACCGUUGCAUCACAGCUGGGCGGGCAGUUGUAAUGUCUAGCCAAGCAUAUAUAACAGCCGAUUGGUAGGUAUAGCUUGCCAAAUUUGUCGGUCAGCCAAGUGUGUACUCAGCAUGAGGAUGCCCUUGUACAUACCUCCCAACAUGACCCUCUCCAGGAGGGACGCAAUGCUCUGCUUCUGGACUUUUCUGUUAUUGUAUGAUUGGCAUCACCUGUGUUGACCAGAUAAAUGGAUAAGAAAGGUGUUUCAGCACAGGUGAGGGCAAUUAUACAUUAAGAGAAAAGUCCAGGAACAGAGUAUUCUGUCCCUCCUGGAGAGGGUCGUGUUGGGAGGUAUGCUUGUAGGUUGGGAAAUCCUGGUUUUUCGCAUGAGAGCAUUACUGCAUUUCAUUCCUUAGCUUUUGUUUUCAUUUUGUAUUUCCAGUAUUUUUAUCGAUUAUGACAUAGGUCUGCAAACUCGUCCUCAUUACCCCACACAGUGCAUUUUUUGCAGGUAGCCCAGCAGGUGCACAGGUGUAUUAAUUACUCACAGACACAUUUUACAAGGUCUGCAGGUGGAGUUAAUUAUUUCACUUGCGAUUCUGUGAGGAGACCUGCAAAACAUGCACCGUGUGGGGUAAAGAGGACCGAGUUUGCAGACCUAUGUAUUAUGAUAACAUUAAAUUAAGCAUUUUGUUAAAAAGUAAGGUCAAAUUGGCACGCAUAAAAUUGUAAUAUAACAUUCAAGAGCUCCCCUUUUUUAUCAUUGUUUAUUGAACACAAGUGAAGGGAUGAAGUCCUCCAGCUUUAGUGAUCUGUUACAAGUUUGGAACAUGGAAGGUGUAAGAGGACAAUUUUCAGAAGUGGACAAAACCUGUACGGGUUUAAAAAGAAAAACAUACAACAGAAACCGCAAAAUAUUAUCCCUUUUUAAUAAUAUUUGAAGUUCAAACUAAAUACUGUAUUAUUUCCUACACAAAAGCACUCUGCAAGUAUUCUUAACACAUGCAAAGACAAGCUCAUUUAAGAGGGCUUCCCUAAAAGAUUUCCUACCUCUUCAGACACAUGCUAAAUUGACUGUCAUAUGAAUUUAUGUAUAUUUGUUAUAAUUUUGAAAAGAAUUUGGGUUAUGCAAGUACUGAGAAAUGUGACAUACCAAUACUUGCAGUUCUCCUGAAUAAUAUAAUGCUAAUUAUAUUAAACCUUGAUAACUUAAGCCAAGAGUGAGAUUUAGAUGCUGUGUGAAAAAAGUUUAAUGAAGAUUUUAUAUAUUUGCAAGAUGUAUGUAUGAAAACAUGUGAGAAUUUUAACGUGUAAUGUACAGAAUUUCAAAUUGCACUCCUGUAAAUCUUAUUUUUAAGUGAGAAAAAAUUGUUUUAUUUUGUUUUGUUUUUGAGGUGAGUAACAAAGGAUAAAGCAGGAUAUUAAAAUGAUUUACCUGACAUUUUCUUACAGGUGUUUCUAUUGUACAAAAUUUUCAGCUCUCAUGUCAUUUGCUAUGCCUCCUCUUGAGUUUGCCUAUUUGUUGAUGACUUUUUUUUCGUAAAUAGACAAAUAAUUAAAAUACAGUGACCUGUUUCAAAGAUUAA